AUGAAUGUAGUUAGUUCAUAUUUUAUACAAAUAUUUAUUAUAAUAUUUCUAAGAAGUUAUGCUUAUAAAUUUAGUUAUACUAGCAAAUCAUAUUUUAGUAAAAAACACUAUUAUUUUAAUAAAUUUAAUUUAACUGUUAAUCGUAUUAAUUCUAAGAAAACAGAAUGUAUUGAUAAAUUAAAAAAUAUUCAUAAUUUUAAUGUUACUAAAUCAAAGUUUAGUGAAUCAUUCAUUAAUCCGUUAGAAAAUGAAUUAAAAAUAAAAGUAAAUAUAUUUGUAGAAAUAAAAAAAUGGGAUAAUAUUUAUGAUAAAAAUCACCGUAGCUAUAUUUUAAGAAAAAAGAUUAAUGAUAUUAAAAAUGUAUUUAAUAAAUUAAAUAAUACAAAUAAAUAUUUAUUCUUCAAGGAUGAAAAUACCAUAUAUAUAUACAAUAAAAAAAAAGAAUAUAAUUUGAAAACAUAUCUAUUAAAUUUAGCAUAUAGUUGUACUAAUGUUAUAAAAUUAUAUAUGGAUAACAUAUAUUUAGAAAUAGUUAAUAUAAUUGAAAAAACGUUAGGUAAUAAAAUAUUUAAUGUAGACAUUAUAAAGGAAUUGAAUAUGAGAAAAUAUGUUAUAAUCGAUAUGUUACAUGAUAUUCAUAGAAGAAAACGUAUUAAUAGUAAGAAUGUAAAUUUGUUAUUUAUAGGAAGCAACGAAUUUAGCAAUUUAUGUUUUAAAAUAAUUUUGUUAAUAAUAAAAAAACUAAGAAAUGACAUAAAACUAGAAAAUGUUAUAACAAAAAGCCCUCAAAAAAAGGGAAGAAAUAUGCUUUUGCAGAAGUCAGAAAUAGAAGAAGAAGCAAAUAAAAAUAAAAUAAAUGUUUUUUAUUAUGAUAAGGUAAAAAAUGAUAUUUAUAAGUUAAAAAAUAAGACAUUUGAUCUUUGCAUUUCUGUAUCAUUUGGUGAAAUUUUUAAUAAUUACUUUUUUAGAACAAUUAAUUCUAAUAUUUUUUCCUUACAUCCAAGUUUACUACCAUUAUAUAAAGGUGCAUCUCCAAUUCAAAGAAGUAUAUUAAAUAAUGAAAGUUUAUUUGGAUACACUAUAUUUUUAACAAAUUUAAAUAUUGAUGCAGGAACUAUUUUAAUAAAAAAAGCUUUUUGUUUUGAUAAAAAUUAUAAUUUUAAUGAUAUCAUCACCAUAUUAUUUACAAUAGGAAUUAUUCACUUAAUAAAAAACAUAUAUUUUUUAUCAAAUUAUAAAUUACAUCUAAAUGAAACACCAAGUAAUACAUAUAAUGACUUUAUUACUCAAAAUAAUAGAAGCGAAUGUAGUGAUUUUAAUAAAAUCAUUGGUAAUUUAUCAGAUACAAAAAGGAAUUCUAUUUGUUCUACUAAUUUCAAAUUAAGUAAUUUUAAUAAAAUUUUUUCAAACAGUUACAACAAAAUGCCACUUAAAGAUAACAAUUAUGCAUCAAAAAUAAAAAAUGAUGAAAAGUACGUAUGCUUCUUUUGUUCAACAUCCUUAUAUAUCCACAAUAAAGUAAGAAGUUUCAUAAAUUGGCCUAAAGCAGAAUGUUCUCUUUUUUUAUUUCAAAAUAAUACAUUUAAAAUAAUAGAUGUAAAACUAAUUAAAACAUCAUAUUAUUUAAAUAAUAAUUACAAUUUUAUUAAUUACUGUAAUAUAUAUAAUCAUAAAUGUUUUGAUAAGGUACCUCGUAAAUUUGUAGUUUUUGAUAAAGAAUCUUUGAAUAUUCAAUGCAAAAAUAACACCUUAUUAAAAAUUUAUAAAUUACAACGAAAAAAUAAAAAAAUUGUUAACGCUGUUGAUUUUAUUAAUAGUAUAAAUAAAAAUGAUUUAUUAUAUUAA